AUGUUGCAACGCAGCAACGGUGCAUACAAGCGCUAUCUCGGAUUUAGUCCCGUUUAUGAUCGGAUGUAUCUCCGAAAACUGUAUACAAUCUGUGAUUUAAAUUUACUGAAGGGGCGCUUAAUUUCUCCUCACCGAGAAAGUUCCCCUCACGCUCGUUUCUCCAAUUCUUUCCCUUCAGACUCCAGCAACCACAAGUGGAUCCUGAGGCAUCCACCGACCGCGAAAAGAGGGAAAAUUCCAUUGCGCCUUUUAAUUGUGAAUCAUCAUUGCCAUCGUCACUUGUUCUUCUUCAUCCUCCCAUCUCCUCUCCCUCCCAUCCCCCCAUCCCUUCGCUCCCACGCGUUGUACAGCCUGACAAUGGUUGGAAGUACGCUGGCUGUCCGGUCCAAGAUGGCCUCGCCAUCCGUCAUGCAAUUGACGUCGCUGUCGCGCAGGACGCUCUCGACGCGGUCACCGGUCCAGGCUCUUCGCUCCAGCCGUAACGCCCAGCAAACAAUCCAGCGCACUGCUCGUCGUGCCUACGCCAAUGAUGCUCCUGCUCCUGCGCCAAAGCCCCGGAGACGAUUUCGAUUCCUGCGCUGGACCUGGCGUCUGACCUUGCUGGCGGGUGUUGGUCUAGUGGGAAAUCUCGCUUACAACAUUUACGACCAACGCCAUCCCAUCGAGCAAUCCCUCCCUGAUCCGAGCAAAAAGACCCUCGUGAUUCUUGGUACUGGCUGGGGCUCUGUCUCUCUUCUCAAGAAGCUCGAUACCGAAAACUACAAUGUUAUCGUCAUCUCGCCCCGGAAUUACUUCCUAUUCACGCCUCUGCUGCCAUCCUGCACAACUGGUCAGGUUGAGCACCGCUCGAUCAUGGAGCCUAUCCGAAGCAUUUUGCGCCACAAGAAAGCCCACGUGAAGUUCUACGAAGCGGAUGCCACCAAGGUCGACUACGAGAAGCGUGUUGUGCACAUUAGCGAUGAGUCGGAAAUCAAGGGUGAAAUCUCUCACACCGAGGUUCCCUUUGACAUGCUCGUCAUGGGCGUUGGCGCUGAGAAUGCUACUUUCGGUAUCAAGGGUGUCAAGGAGCACUCUUGCUUCCUGAAGGAGGUCGGUGACGCUCAGAAAAUUCGCAAGCGUAUCAUGGACUGCGUCGAGACUGCCAUGUUCAAGGAUCAGACCGAUGAGGAGGUCAAACGUCUCCUCCACAUGGUUGUGGUUGGUGGUGGCCCGACCGGUGUCGAAUUCGCUGGUGAGCUGCAGGACUUUUUCGAGGAAGAUCUGAAGAAGUGGAUUCCCGAGAUCCAGGAGAAUUUCCACGUCACGCUUGUGGAAGCUCUUCCCAAUGUGCUUCCCAUGUUCUCGAAGCAGCUGAUUGACUACACUGAAUCCACAUUCAAGGAGGAAGCUAUAACGAUCCGCACCAAGACGAUGGUCAAGAACGUUACCGACAAGUACAUCGAAGCCGAAAUCACCAAGCCUGAUGGAUCCAAGGAAAUCGAGACCAUUCCCUACGGAUUGCUGGUGUGGGCCACUGGCAAUGCUCUUCGCCCCAUCGUUCGCGACCUCAUGAGCCAGCUUCCCGCCCAAAAGAACUCUCGCCGUGGCCUUGCUGUCAACGAGUACCUCGUCGUGAACGGAACAGAGAACGUCUGGGCCGUCGGUGACUGCGCUAUCACCAACUACGCCCCUACAGCCCAGGUUGCUAGCCAGGAGGGUGCUUUCCUUGCCCGCCUCUUCAACACCAUGGCCAAGACCGACGCCAUCGAGCAGGAUCUGAAGGAGCUGUCUCAGGCUCAGUCAGUAGCCAAGGGUGAGGAGGAACGCAACAGGAUCUUUGAUGAAAUCCGCGAACUCCACAAGCAACUGCGAAGAACCAAGCAGAUUGGUCCCUUCCAGUACUCCCAUCAAGGAAGUCUGGCCUACAUCGGAAAGGAGCGUGCGGUUGCAGACAUCAGCUGGCUGAGCGGCAACAUCGCAAGCGGUGGAACUAUGACCUACCUCUUCUGGCGUAGUGCUUAUUUGAGCAUGUGCUUCAGCACCCGGAACCGCGUCUUGGUUGCUCUUGACUGGGUCAAGGCCAAGCUGUUUGGCCGUGACGUGUCUCGCGAGUAA